CUCUCUUUCACCGCUUUAAAUCCGUAAGCUCGGACGUAUUGUUGAAGACUCGGCUUCUAACCACCCACAUCCGGGUAUUUCUUUCGAAGCUAGGUGCUUAAAGAGACCAUCGUUUAUAAUAAUGACGAACACACCAGUAGUGGUUUUCAAGAUGAAGCUAGUCGCAGAAGCUCGAGGUUGUCUUGGGAUGUCCCAACGACGCGAGUAAGUCAAAAGACAAUGGAUUAAAAUCACAUCUCACACUAGCACAUAGGUGCUAUGCUAUUGGUUACCUACGCGUGUACGCAGAUUACGUAUCAGCUCACGGUAGCCGCCUUCCUUCCGGUUGCUACGAUGAUGCGGAGGAAAGGUACCGAAAAACACUCAUCCUCGGUAGUCGUUCCAUAUCUCGACGGAGACUGGGUCUGAGCAUCGUUACACCACGCAACUCGUCAUUUAUAUAUUACCCUAUUAGGUAACACACGUAAAUAAAGAGAUGAGGAAGAUCAGAUUAGAACAAAAUCAGCUUACCUAUACUUACUUACCUAAGUAGCUUGAACAAUAUUACUCUAGCCUCCGAGAAAGGACCAACACAACACUAUCAUCCUACGUUAAGUCAUGAUGCAGUCCACUCUACCGAAGACGAUGCGCGCGGUUAUCUGCACCGCUACCGGUCCGGUCUCCGUCAUGGAAAUCCGGGACGUACCAUUGCCGACACCGCAGCCAGGCCAGGUACUUAUAAAGGUCUUAGGGUUCGGCAUAAACCGAGCUGAGAUGUUCACGCGCCAGGGUCACUCGCCGGGCGUCGAGUUCCCUCGAAUUAUCGGGAUCGAAUGCAUCGGCGUAGUCGCGGGAUAUCCCGCCGCGGAAACUGUCGAGUCCAAGUCCGCUCGACAUGCCGUCGGCACCCGCGUCGCCACUUGCAUGGGCGGUCUCGGCCGCCAGAUCCCGGGUUCCUACGCCGAAUACACGUGCGUGUCCGAGGCCAACGUCCGACCUAUCCCGGCGACCGACCUUUCGGUCGGCACCUUGGCCGCGUUGCCGGAAAUGCUUCAGACGACCUGGGGCUCUCUAGUCGCAGGCUUAGACCUGCGGCCGGGCGAAAGCCUGCUCAUCCGAGGGGCCACUAGCUCGAUCGGGCUGUGCGCUCUGCAGCUGGCGCGCAAGAUCGGCGCCGCGCGUAUCGGAGCGACGUCUCGAAGCACGGAACGCGAGGAGCUGCUACGCCAGAACGGCGCCGACGAGUUUUUCGUCGACGGCGGCGAGAUCGCGAAAGACGUGGCCCGGAGCGCCAGGGGAGGGUUUGACAAGAUCCUCGAGCUGACUGGCACGACCACGCUACGAGACUCGGUCAAGUGUGCGGUUUCGAAGGGAACGGUGUGCAUGACGGGAAUCCAAGGCGGCGAGUGGGAGAUGGAGAAGUUUAGUCCGAUGGGCGACCUACCUAAUCGCGUACGGCUAUGCGCGUACGGAGGCGGUCCAGAUGAUUUCAUGGCUCUGCCGUGGGAAGAGCUAAUUCGUGAGGUCGAGGCUGGGAAGGUAAAGAUUCCGGUAAGAGAGUUCAAGCUCGAAGAUAUCCGCGAGGUUCACAAGAUACUCGAAUCCGGCGGCGGCGGCGCGAAAAUGGUGGUUGUUGUUAGCAACGAAUGAGAUUAAGAGGUAAGUAUUAAGCAGUGUAAGGUGUAAUUGAUGUUAUUUACGAAGUAUGUAUGAUGUUGGUUAAUUAUUAUCUGUAUUGUAAAUCAGGUCCGAGAGUUGAUUAGAUAAGCAAAAUAGGUAACCCCUUCUAAUGUGGCCCGCUGUCACACAACGUUUAGCACCGCGUUUUAAGGAAUUACCGCGAUAGGUUUAGAUCCACAAUAUCCCUUCGUAAACUCAGGGUAUUCGGUACUUCGUCCGCCGUCGGUCGGUUGAUUAGUUAGUUGGUAUAUUUAAUGCCGGGGCAAGGGGGAAUGACCGUUCCCUCGCAGAC